CGUCACGUGCCUUGUGUUUCCUUUCCGCCGCAGUGUGCUAGCAGCUAGCCGCGCUAGUCCCUAUGAGUAGUUUAUUAAACAUGAUGAGCGGCAGGACGAGCGUCAUGGUUGCCGGGAUGUGUGGGGCCCUGUUCGUCGCUUAUUGUAUUUAUUUCGACCGGAAGAGACGGAGUGACCCCCUGUUUAAAGAAAAGCUCCGGGAACGCAGGAGGAAACUAAAGACGUCGAGCGAGAAGUCCGGCAUGGCAAAGCUGCCGGACCUGAAGGACGCCGAAGCCGUUCAGAAGUUCUUCCUGGAAGAAAUCCAGCUGGGAGAAGAGCUGCUGUCCCAAGGUGAGUUUGAGAAAGGCGUCGACCACCUGACCAACGCGAUCGCCGUGUGCGGUCAGCCCCAGCAGCUGCUGCAGGUCCUCCAGCAGACGCUGCCGCCCCCCGUCUUCCAGAUGCUGCUCACCAAACUGCCCACCAUCAGCCAGCGAAUCAUCAGCUCCCAGGCUUUAUCAGAGGACGACGUCGAAUGAACGGAUGACGUCGAGUGGGAGACAGGAAACUGCUUUUACUUCUCCUUAAAAGGGUUUAACAGUGAUGAGCAUUGUUGAAUAUUAGGGACUGUUGUGAUUUAUCAGCCCAAAUAUGGCAAAGUUUGUUAUAUUCUGGAGUUAAAAGGAACUCUAAAGUUCGUCUCACCUCAUUCUCAUCAGAUUUUGUGUUUUCUUGUCAUUUUGUUUGUUUUCCUCAAUGUGUUGUUUUUUUUUUUUCUUGGAACAUCAUGGCAAUAGUAAUAUAUGAAAUUAACAAUAGACUGUAUGUUGCUGUGAGUAUGACAUUAAAUUUGUCUACGGAAAAGAAAAAAAAACGUGUUAAGUUCUGUGGAAAAUGAAUUUGCAUUGUUGGUUUAAUGUUAUUUUUUUAUAUUCUAGUCUGUCACCUAUUUGUGUAAAACUCCAUAAUAAAACAUUAAAACAUG